GAGGUAUAUAAGCGCAGGGUCCGGCGGCAUGCGGAGUAGUUGCCGUGUGUCUCUCCUCUCUUCUCGACUCGUUUUCUCUUAAACCGCCGCCGGGUGUUUUCUGCUGUCCCCUGCAUUUUUUCACACAGUGCUGUGUGCGCGUUGGUCGAGAAGCGCCAGCGACCAGCCACUCGCACGAUUCAUCUGUGACUCGUCUGCUUGCGACGACGACCGCUGAUAACGGACUGUCUUCAUCUUCGCCGCAUCUUCGGCGAUCUUCUUCAGCGAAGACUCACCCCGACCUCCACCCAACGGUGCACCAUGAGGACCACAGUGUUGGCGGUCACGGUGUUCGUGACUAUCGCUGCAGUGUCCGCAUCUAGGUCGGCGCGACAGGCGCCAUACCAGCCCGGCGGCGGUGCGGCAAGCCGGGGACAAGCUGCCGGCGGCUACGACGCCUACCAGCCCCAGCAGGCGCAGGCGCAGUCCUUCAGGCCGCAAGUGCAGGCGGCGCCGCAGCAGGCUUACGACCAGUCCGCCUAUCAGGGACAGCCAGCUCCGCGGGGAAGGACCACGGUGCAGUCCUUCGGCGGCGGACUCGCCAGGCCCACGCAGCAGUCGCAAUCGCAGGGAGGACAACAGUCCCAGAGCGAGGAGGAGGAGGAGGAGAAGCCAAACCCACUGACGCUUCUGUUAGAGAAGUCGACGUUCACCUGCUCGGGCAAGACAGACGGCUACUACGCGGACAACUCGGUGAACUGCCAGGUGUUCCACUACUGCGUCGGCGGCGCCAAGCACUCGUGGAUGUGCCCCGAGGGAACCGUGUUCCACCAGGUGCACCUGAACUGCGUACCCGCCAGCCAGGACAUCUGCAACUCCGCUGAGAAGUUCUUCUUCGUCAACGACUACCUGCACAAGGAACUGGAGUCCCGCGGCCCCAACAACACCGUGCUCUACGCCCAGCGGUACUACCCCGAGGGAUACGUGCUGGGUGACCCCUUCCCAGCGCCAACUGGAAACCAGGCAGGUGCCCCCCGCCCUCAGGCACCCCCUCAGCAGGCCCAGUACGAGCCCCAGCCACAGGCCCCACCCAGGCAGGUGUUCCGUGGACAGGCCGCCCCUCGCGGACCCCCAGCCCAGUUCCAGCCCCAGCAGUUCCAGCCACAGGCGCCCCCACAGUACAGCUCCCAGCAGCCCGCCGCAGCUCCCGCACAGUUCGGAGGAGCCCAGCCCAGCCGAGGAUCCAGUGGCAGCGGCUUUGGCUUUCCCCCAACACGCACCUACAUAAUUCCAGCUCCCAACAAGGCGCCAGCGGCUGACGCAAACCCCUCCUACCUCUACCGCCAGGGUGCUGCCUCCAAUUCGGCCCAGUCCCAUCAGAGCUCGGUCAAGUACGACGACGACUACUGAGAGGCACAAAAACAGUCAAUGCAACCUGAAUGGAAGUGGCUUCUGAACCCCUCAUCGUUUCAUCACAAACCUCCAGCCAUGGCUUCCUCUGUGACACUGGCACGAAAUAACCCAACACGACAGUGCCACAAGGGGCCACCCGGCACACAUUUUGCAACAUAUCAAGGUCCCAGUGCUUGCGAAGACAAGGACUCUACACUGUCUAGCCAGCAGCUUUUUCUUUGUGUGUGUGUCUUCGGUGCAAGGCGAUGGUCAGUCUCUCCCGCGGCGAUGUAAGCUGACGCAAAGCCAAGACAAGCCACCUCCAUCUGACUGAAGAUCAGAGUCUGGCUACAAAAGUGUGUUGUUUCAUUUCUCCUCCUAUAGCUCGCUUUCCUCUGUUUGCACCGAUUGGACUGCCAGACACUGCUGCCUCAUUCAUGCGGCACAGUGAGUAAUCAUUUCCAGAUGUGCACAUAGUCCAGCACACACCGUUUCACACUGCUUUUGUUUGCAAGACAGAAAGCACGUGAGUGAAGUGAAAGCGGGGAGGGGCUUGCUGUGCACAUGAUAAGCAGCAGUAAUUAUGUAACUCAGAUACUCAAAGACAGAACAUGACAUAAACAUGAAAAGUUAUAAAGGAUUUCAGGGUCACGCCAAUGCAAUGUAGUUAAACUAGUUUGAAAGAAAGAGAUAAAAAAACUGUUCCCAAAUUGUGCGCAGAACACUACUAGCAUUACUGUAGAUGUCACAGAUAUGAAGCCUGAAGUGCUAUAGCUUCACGGCAUGCUUUUACAAAAGAGCACAUUCACAGCCUUCAGGCUGCUCUGUCUGCAGGCCAAACAAAGUUGCGUGCACUGUUGGUGCUAGUGAGAAUGGCUAUAUAUAUAUACAUAUAUACAUAUAUCUUUUUUCAUCAUAAACAAACGGAAUAUGACUACUGGAACUGUGAAACUGUACAUUCUGGAACAAAAUGAUAGUGUGUUUUUUAAAUAAAGUUGUGUUGUCACAA